AUUUCAUUUCAAAUUUUCGAAAAAAUCAUAACUUCAAAAACUAAUCAACAAUGAAAUUUAUUUUUUUCGUUUCGUUUUUAGUAUUUGGAAUCGCCAAUAUUAUAGCAGCUGAAGAUGUUGCCCAACCCAAUCAAAGACUCUUAGAUCCAUUGCUCCCAGGAGUCGGAUUGCCAGGACUAGGAGCUGGAUUACCGGGCCUUGGAUUACCAGGACUUGGUGUCGGAUUGCCGGGACUAGGAGCUGGAUUACCGGGCCUUGGCUUGCCUGGUCUUGGUGUCGGAUUGCCGGGCCUUGGCUUGCCUGGUCUUGGUGUCGGAUUGCCGGGACUUGCAGCUGGAUUACCGGGCCUUGGCUUGCCUGGUCUUGGUGUCGGAUUGCCGGGACUUGCAGCUGGAUUGCCGGGCCUUGGCUUGCCUGGUCUUGGUUUGCCUGGAGUUGUGGAUCCAAUCUUAAGAGAAGAAAAAACAGAAUCCGCUUAGUUAUAAUGAAAAAUAAUAUUCAAUUAUUGAUGGCGAUUGAUAUUUUUUUUGUUUGUUUGUUGACGACGAAUAAUAAAUAAAAAAUUUCAAAUUCAUUUACUCUUGUGAUAUUUUAAAAUUUCUGCACUGGAUUAUAUGAAUGGACAUCGGGAAUUUGAUUUUGAUGAAAUCAAAUCACAUGUGUAUUUUUUCAUUUAUAUUUCUGAUUCAAAAUAAUAUGGCCAAUGAUAUUAAAUCAAAAUCUUGCGCCUGCAAAGGUAUUCGAACUUGUUCAAAAUGCGAACAAUACCAACCACCUAAAUCAAGUGAUCGAAAUUUGCAUAUUGAAAAAACCUAUGUCCAUUGUUGGCGAUGUGGCAAUCGGGCUUAUGAUUCUGAAUUUUUCGACAAACAUUUUGAGGAUCAUGAAAAAACCAACAAAUUCGAUAAUAAUGUCCCUAUGGUUGAAAUCGAUGGCAUAUUCUUGCAGACCGAUGUGAUUACUGAUGAUGAAGAAGUUCAACUUAUCCGACAGAUUGAUUCAUUCAAAUGGAUAGAUUCGCAAUCAGGUCGUCGUAAACAAGAUUUUGGACCAAAAAUAAAUUUCAAAAAACAAAAAAUUAACUUCACACCAUUCGAAGGGAUGCCAAAACUUGAUGUUGAACUAUUGAAUACAAUUCGCAGUGAACGUCUUACAUCACAUGACGAUUGGCAUAGAUUUUCAUCGCUUCCAUUUGAUCAAUAUUCAGAUUAUACGAUAUUGAAUCGUUUUCACGCGAUAGAAAUUUGUCAUCUUGAAUAUUGUCCAGAACGUGGAUCAUCAAUCGAUCCUCAUUUCGAUGAUAACUGGAUUUGGGGUGAACGCUUGGUCACAUUAAAUCUGGCUUCAACCACUGCCAUUACAUUGACAUUUCCAGAACUAUCCUCAUCGCCUGAAUAUUGUAUUCGCAUUGUAUGUCCAAGAAAAUCUCUUCUAGUACUGUAUGGUGAUGCACGAUAUAAAUUUCAUCAUUCGAUUCAAAGAACUGAUAUAAAUCAUCGACGAUUGGCCAUAACAUUUCGUGAAUUAGCCUAUUCAUUUUUUCAACAAUCAUUUCUAAACAAAGAUAUGCGACAUUUACAAAUCCGUGAUGAAUUUCUUAAUCGUUCGAAAAAAUUUAUUAUCAAAUAAACAAAAUAAUGCAUUCA